ACUGUGUAUAUAAUUGGUUGAAUUUUUGUUUUUAGACUUGAUAAAAUAAAAAAUAAAAUAUGUUACAUAUUUAUGGUGUCUGGCAUUAUGUUGGUUGGUUAUGAAAUAAGUGAUUCAGAUGAUGUUCAAGAUCAGGUUACUAAGCAACCACACUCAGAUAAACAGUCAGAUCAAAAGGGAUGCUCUACAUCGAAAGAAAAGAACAGUCAUUAUCAGAAAAAAUUCGAACACUUGAAAGAAAGAAGAUCACAACUAAAGAGGGAACAUUAUUCAGAACAACACAAAGCUAUCAACUCUUUUACAACUGAACCAAAAAAGGUAAAGAACCCACACGAUGGUUGUAGCAAGGGAAAGAAAAGGAAAACACUUAAUCAAUACGAUGGAGUGAACAUGUUUAUGUCGUCUGCAUUCAAGGUGGUUUCAGAUCAUGACCCAUUUUGUUUAAAAAAGAGCAAACUGGAGAAAGAGCUAGACGAAGCUAUCGAGACAGGAGAUUACGAGUUAUCCGAAAAACUUAGCGAUGAAAUUGUGAAACGAAAUUUCGCCACCCAAGUUAAAGGGGCUAUCGAAGCACGUAAAUAUUCAGAGCAUAAAAAACGAGUUCACGAAAAGAAGAAGAAAAGAAAGAAAUUAAAGUGGACAUUUGAUCAUAAACAAAGAUGGGAAACUAAGGGAAAUAUGUAAAAAAAGCAUGUUUUUUCAGAAUGCACGUGAAUAUAUCUC